CCGAACGAUCAGUUUGGACCGGAGACUCCUGGAAGCUUCGUGGGAGCUUAUCGCUUUGCAGAUUGGUGGCGGUGGCGGUGGCGGCAGCAGCCGUCGUUGCAGCCAAGCGGCGGCGGUUCUUGUGGCUGUGAAUACGCUGGGGAGAAAUGCGAAAUUUAAGCUCCGCCUCCCAGGCUUCUCCCUCAGAAGUGGCUCUAGCUGCUUUUCUACCCAAGAAGCGAGGGAGGCCGUCUCUCCCCGACCUCAUUCUGCGGGCUGUUUGCGUCUCUACAGUCCGCAAGGGCGCCUCUCUGGCAGCCAUCAAGAAGGCGCUCUUGGCCGAGGGGUACGACGUGCAGAAGAACAACGGUCGCCUGAAGGCGACGCUCAGCUCUCUCGUUAACAAAGGGCUGCUGCAGCGGGUGACGGGCAGCGGCGUCUCGGGAUCCUUCAGGGUCAACAAGCACCAGAAGAAAGGGGGCGCCUUGAAAGGAACGAAGAAAAAAACGGCCGUCAAGAGACCCAAAACCCAGAUAGCGGCCAGGAGGUCUCCGAAAAAAAUUAACCUCGCAGCAGCUAGGAAAGCAAAGGGGCCCGGCAGGGAAACCAAGCCAGCCGUUAAAAAACCCAAGGCUCGCAAAAACCCGGCCAGACCCAAGGGGAGAGCUGCUCCCCGCGGCAAAGUUGCCGUCAAGAGGCAUUAAAAACACAUUCCUCGUCAACUAAUAAACAUUAACUCAAAGGCUCUUUUAAGAGCCACCCUC